GAUAUUAACAAAUAACAAUCAGAAAAAAGAAAUAGUCAAAGAACCACCGUCGUCUCGUCAAAUUUUUAACCCCACGUGAUCAUCCGGCUUCACAUGCACACAAGAACACAUCAAAACAAAUUAACCCCAUUAUAUAAAAAUGUUAUUUUAAUUUUUUUUUUGUUUAUUUUAUUUAUUUAUAAAUACAAGCAAAACAGAGCCAAAAUCCAACUCACUACCACUGCACUAUUUUCUUUUACUUCCUUUCUUGUUUGGUUCUUUUUUUCUUCCCUUUUUUUCAAACUCUGCUGCUUUUUUCCUCACAAAAAAAAAGCCUGCUGCUUUUUAUACAUUUCUUUCUUCUUCUCCCCUGUCUGCAAUGGCUUUUCUCUGUUCCCAAUCUUCUUGUUCCUUUCUUGGGUCUUGUUUUGUUCUUCUAUGCUGGGUUUUAGCCCAAUCUCACAUAGCUUCGUCAGCUGUGAUAAUGAGCAUGAGGAACCACAAUAAUAACCAUCACCAUAGACGGCAACCUAUGUUCCAGACCAACCAAAGCAGUUGUGCAUUGUUCGCCGGGACUUGGGUUCGAGAUGAAAGCUACCCAUUGUAUCAGUAUUCCGAUUGUCCGGCCAUUGAUGCUGAAUUCAACUGCCAAAUGUAUGGUCGCCCGGAUACUGAUUACCUCAAGUAUCGUUGGAGACCCCUCAACUGUGAGCUCCCAAGGUUCAAUGGGGUUGAGUUUUUGCUCAAAAUGAAAGGAAAAACAGUGAUGUUUGUUGGUGAUUCACUUGGACGGAAUCAAUGGGAGUCUUUGAUUUGUAUGGUUUCAGCUUCGGCGCCUGGUUCACAGACCCAAAUGACCAGAGGGGAUCCUAUCUCGACGUUCAAGUUUUUGGACUAUGGUGUGUCCUUGUCAUACUACCGAGCCACAUAUUUGGUGGACAUAGACAUGUUUCAAGGGAAGAGAAUUCUAAAACUUGACGAGAUCUCGGGCAAUGGCAAUGCCUGGCGCAACGCCGAUGUGCUGUCGUUUAACACCGGCCACUGGUGGAGCCACAGAGGAUCUCUCCAAGGGUGGGACUACAUGGAAUCAGGAGGAAAAUUCUACCAAGAUAUGGAUCGUGUGGCUGCUUUGGAGAAAGGGCUGAGAACAUGGGCCAAAUGGGUUGAUGCCAACAUUGACAGAACUAGAACCAAAGUCUUCUUUCUAUCAAUUUCUCCUACUCAUUACAACCAAAAUGAAUGGACUGAUGAUGGGACAAUGGCUACAACAAUGGCUGCAACAUCAACAAAGAACUGUUAUGGUGAAACAACACCGAUGAUCAGCGGGGGCGCAACCUACCCAAUUGGGGCGUACCCAGCUGAGACAAGGGUGGUUGACAGUGUGAUAAGGGACAUGCAAAGCCCUGCAUACUUGCUUGACAUAACAAUGCUUUCUGAGCUUAGAAAAGAUGGUCAUCCAUCCAUUUAUAGUGGCGAUUUGAGUCCUUCCCAGAGGGCUAACCCUUCUCGCUCUGCUGAUUGUAGCCACUGGUGCCUCCCUGGAUUGCCUGAUACUUGGAACCAAUUAUUCUACACUGCUCUAUUUUUCUAGUUUUGCUGUAGCUUAACAUAGCAAUAUAUAAUAUACUUAUAUAUAUAAGAUUUGAUUUUUUUAAAAAAAUUCUAGGUGCUAUGAUUUGUGAGAGGUUUGACCAAAGUCAAAUCUCACAUUCUUGUAAAGUGAAAUGUAAGGCAUUGACACAUUGUUUAAGCAGAAGUACUAAACAAUUUCCCCGUUACCUAGCUUUUAGUGUUGUAAUAGAUGCUAAAAUAUUAUAAAUGGGAACUUCAUUGCUUUGCAGUUGUUAGUUUUCAA